UAAAAAAAAGCUGGCUGUUUCUAAGCAACCCACCCACUUUUCCUGCGAAAUAGCCUACUUGCAGCCUUAUUGAGUGUUUUGUUUCUCAUUUAGAGGGAAUUGCGGAGGGUGGAUGGGGUAGCAGGUGUGAAAAUUGAUCAAACACCUCCGCGAGAUUCAGUAGAAUUUAUUGGUGAAUUGUUCAAAUUGGGCGAUUAAGGGUAUUGUUGGUCCUGAAGGAUGAGCAAAGACGUGAAGAUGGUGGUGACAAAGCCAAGAACACUCACAGGACAACAGUGCUACUUCCGUGACCGGGACAAGCUUGAGUGUCAUAUUCCCUCGGAAGAUGCCAUCAGGAAGCAGUACUUGUUCACCCAGACAGCCUCUAAGGCUGUCCAGGCAUGUACUCCGAUGGGACUGAGUGUGUGCAACACGGAGAAUGUGGAGUACAUCAAUCGAGGGAUUCAGCAUACAGAAGGUGGAUGGCCCAGGGAUGUGAAUAAGAAUGAUGCUGAGCAGACUCAGAGGUACAGGAAGAAAAUUGAGAGGGAUGAAGCAUAUUCCAGACAGGUUCUCAGCAUGGCACGCCCAAUGGAGCAUUUUGUUCUGCAAAACAAUGCCCUCAAUAUUUACGAAUGCUUCUUCGAGGGCAUUGAGGCGAUCGGGAAUGCCGGACAGUGCGAAGCUCGCACAGUUCUUGCUGCCAGAGAUCCCAGUGGAGAUCGUCGUCCAGUUAAGCGUCUCUCUUGGGCUCCUGAGGGUCAGCCCAUCAUUGCAGCGGCAUAUUGUCAAUUUGGUGCCCAAUCAGCUCAAAAUUCUUGUCCGGAUUCACUAAUCUGGGACAUUAGGAGUCCCAAUGAACCGCUUCAUGUGCUCAAGGCGUGGUCUCCAACCAACUGCGUCAAGUACAAUUCCAAGGAUUUUCACCUAAUGAUUGGGGGAUUGGUGAGUGGGCAAGUGGCUCAAUGGGAUCCCCGUGUUGGUCUGCAGACUGUGGCUCUCAGUGCCAGGGAAACGAGCCACAGGGAUCGUGUAACAGACGUUCUCUGGCUCUCUUCAAAGAACAACACGGAAUUCUUCUCAGGUUCCUCUGAUGGGCAGGUUUUAACCUGGGAUGUGAGAAAUCUGCAGGCUCCCAUCGAGGAUCCCCUGAUUAUGGAUCCCGAGAAGACAGAUGAGCCACGUCUGGACAGAGCUGAAGGGGUGACGUACCUGGAGUUUGAACCGACAAUUCCCACAAGAUUCAUGGUGGGAACAGAAAGAGGCAUCAUCUUCAGUUGCAACAGGAAGGGAAAGACACCUUCGGAGAAACUUCCCUUCAGGUAUCAUGCCCAUCUCGGUCCCAUUUAUGCCGUGGAACGCAAUCCAGUUAUAACGAAGGUCUUCCUGACCAUUGGCGACUGGCAAGCCAAAAUCUGGUCAGAAGAAUGCCGAGAGAGUGCAAUUAUCUGGACAAGAUUGUACAAGGUGAAUUUGUACUGUGGUGCUUGGAGUCGAUCUCGCUUCACGCUUUUCUUCGUGGGACGUGAAGAUGGUGUGAUAGAUGGCUGGGAUUUACUGCUGGAUCAGCAGGAACCCGUGAUUAGUGUAAAACUCUGCGAUGAACCACUAAUUUCGCUCGUUGUGCACGAAAAUGGGGAAAAUGUCGCAGUUGGAGCCAUGGAUGGGACAAUUUUCGUGGUAAAAGUGUCCAGAUUCCUCGUGGAGAAUGCCAAGAAUGACAAGGCAUUCUUCACGGAGAUGCUAGAACGAGAGACACGACGGCAGAAGGUUAUCGAGGGGAAGAUCAAAGAGAUGAAGCUGAAGAACAAAGCAGCAAGGGAGGAAGAAGAGCGCAUAAAGUCUCCCAAGGAAGAUGUAGCUCAAGCUAAUCGUCUGGAUGAGGAGGAGGCAGGGAGUCAGUCUGAAGGAUUCACAGAUGAGACGACGGUGCUGGCUGAAAAGGACUUCUUCAGGAUCAUCGAGGAGGAACGAGAGAGACGCGUGAAGGAGGCAGAAGAGAGAGCUUCGACUUAUGGAAGAAGACAACAAAUUCCUCGAAUUGAAAUGACUUUAGGGAAAAAGCUGGCACAGGAGGAUCCGGAUCUGAAUCCCUCAAAUGCAAGCAUCAAUCAAGAGGCAUCACUCGAAAGUACUGGAUUAGAAAGGGAAAAUUCUUCUUUUAUCACCCUCAAGAGUGAUCCAUCGAAACCUUCAAUUGAUUUUGAGCCUGAGGAAUCCAUAAGCCAGAGAACUUCUUCGACGGUUUCAGGAAGUGUCACGAGCCUCUAGAAAUGGUA